AUGCCGGAGAAACUGACCAAUGUCAUCAUCAAGUUUUAUGAUGAGUAUAUGCAGACGACGCCCAAAAAGUUAAAGAUCAUUGAUGCGUAUUUGCUGUAUGUGCUGUUGACUGGUAUCAUACAGUUCAUCUACUGUUGUUUGGUGGGCACCUACCCGUUCAACUCUUUUCUCUCGGGUUUUAUUUCCACGGUCGGAUCUUUCAUCUUAGCAGUGUGCCUAAGAUUGCAAAGUAACCCCCAGAACAAAGCCGAAUUUACCGGAAUAAGCCCUGAGAGGUCAUUUGCCGAUUUCAUUUUUGCUCACGUCAUCCUGCAUCUUGUCGUCAUCAACUUCAUUGGUUGA